UCAGAUGUGUAGAAUUAUCCAUCUCUAUGUCAAACCUCUAGCAAUAAAAGAUUUUAGGUGCUGUAGAAGUCUUAAUAAUGUGAAGAUGAGUUUUCUCGGCACUGUGCACAAUCUUUUUCUGGCUAUAUGUCUGAUGUUGGUCCUCGGAUUUCUUUAUUAUUCCGCUGGCAAGUUACACAUGCAUGGAUGGGGACAGGAACCACAAUAUGACAGACUGGGAUUUCUGCUCAAGUUGGAAUCACGAAUUCCGGUGGAGUUGAACUAUAAAUACGGAAAUAUCACAGAAGGUGGCUGCAGGAAAGGAUACGCCUCUGCUCAGAUGACCGCAAUCUUCCCAAAAUUCUCAAAACCAGCACCAAUGUUUCUGGAUAACUCCUUCAAACGAUGGGCAAAACUGAAAGAUUUUGUUCCUCCAUUUGGAAUCAAAGGGCAAGAAGUAGUUGUGCAGAAGAUACUGGGAAUAACAAAACACUACACUUUGACCGAGUCCAUAGACAGUUUAACCUGCAAACGAUGCAUCAUUAUAGGCAAUGGAGGAAUAGUGGCUAACAAAUCUCUCGGAUCAAAAAUCGAUGACUAUGAUGUUGUAAUAAGACUGAAUGAAGCUCCUGUGAAGGGAUUUGAAAAAGAUGUUGGCUCAAAGACAACUCUUCGAAUCACAUACCCAGAAGGUGCCAUACAGAAACCAGAACGCUAUGAGAAGGACUCACUAUUUGUGUUUGCUGGAUUCAAACCUCAGGAUUUCAAAUGGUUGAAAUACAUUGUUUACAAAGAAAAAGUGAGUCCUUCAGAUGGUUUUUGGAAGUCUGUGGCCACAGCUGUCCCGAAGGAGCCCAAAGAUAUCCGAAUUCUGAAUCCUUAUUUCAUCCGUGAAGCAGCUUUCAUGUUUAUUGGCCUGCCAGUCAACAAUGGGAUGAUGGGUCGUGGGAACAUCCCAACACUUGGAACAGUGGCAAUAACAAUGGCACUACACAACUGCGAUGAAGUAGCAGUGGCUGGCUUUGGCUAUGAUAUGAACACUCCGAAUGCCCCUCUUCAUUACUAUGAGACCAUUAAGAUGUCAGCCAUUAAAGAGUCUUGGACUCAUAAUAUUGCAAAGGAGAAGGAAUUCCUGAAGAAGUUGGUGAAAGGGCAAGUGAUUACAGAUUUGACAGCUGGGAUUUGAGACGCCUUUUUCCAGACCAAAAGGUUUUGGGGGAAAACAACACAACAGAACAACAGCGGCCUGUGGACUCUUAAUGUCCCAACGGGGAGUCAGGAUACACCUGUACCAAACUGCAGGGGAGUCUGCACAGCUCUCAACAGAACAUUCAUCUGUCAUCUUGCGUUAACACUAGAUAGAAGGGGGAAAGUUGUGCAGAUAUAGUUCACUGCUCCACUUUAGUGUGCAAUGAGAGAAAAGAAAAGACACUGAAAGAUGUGCCAUAAUUACCUCCUGGAGAAAGAAGUCCAACAGGAAUGUUGAGGUAUUUCUCUUUUAUAGCUUGAAUGUAAAGACUCACAUAAGCUGUGUGUACAAACACUUCUACGUUGUGUUUCAUUUUUAAUUUAAUAAUUUUCUUUCUUCUGCCCCAAAAACCAUGAGACCGGUGGUUCCGUCCCAGACUUCUCCAUUAGUGCUGCUAUUUAUUUUGGGGGUAGAGGAUCUUUUUAAACUUUCUCUAGAAAACGGUCUGUGUAGAACUGAAGCUGUGAAGCGGUUAAAGAUGGUCACCCUCUUUUGAUCUAAAGCACAGAAAGAAGAUCUUCUAAUAGCUGAGAAUGUUUUGCUAUCUCUGGGGCCUGGCUGGUGCGGCCAUUACGUGUGCGUGAAAUGAUCAUGAAAAAUAGACUAUUUCAAACGACUUAAGUAACUGGAACUCAUAAUAACGCUUCUUUCAAAUGCACAGCUUCCCGAUCUGGAUUCUUGCUUGUAAAGUUUUUAUUUUUUUUAAUGUUAUAUAAAAAAGGUCAUGGCAGAACGAAGGACAAGUUGUAUAGAUAACUGUUCCACAUGCUUGUCUUGUGCAGCAGUAUGAUUGAUCCGAAUCAGUGUUUCUUACUCUAAACCCAAUCUUUCAGGAGUAUGGAGACCAAGUUUCUCCAGUGGUUGGAACUAUUCAUUCUUUGCAAGACUGACAAAUGAACGGCACAAGGUGGUGUUAUCUUAUCCAUCAUUCAGCAAAUACUGACAAUAUGUUAUUGGAACAGUCAACUUACAUUUCUGCCAGCUGAUAAUGUUUUUUAAAUUCUCAUUUUAAUACUAAAUAAGUGUUUUUUCUUAUUGAUCAUUGGCUGAGUAAACCUUGUUGGUACGGAAUGGACGACUCUGGGCGUAUAUGAAAAAGGAGUCAUUGUUUGUUCUGAUGCUAAUGUGACAAAAUGUUUUAGAACUAUCCUGUUAAACACAUUAGAGGGUUCAUGUUUCCAGUCUGCUGGCUUGCCUACCCAGGUUUAAAUGUAACUGAUACUCGCACACUGGGGAUUUCUUGGAAGCAUGCUCACCUGUUUGGAAAAUUACUCGUCCAGCGUCAAUUCCUAACAUUUGUUUAUUGCUUCCACCAGCAUUCACUCUUGCUUCCAGCACACCACACACUCGUUAAUUCACAGUUAAGCAAAGCCCACAUUUAUCUGUUCUCUCCCCUUUAGCAGAUUGUUACACUAUGACUGUGGAGGAAAAGCAUUGUGGGGAUGCUGAUAGUGCCCUAGACACAUAGUAAUAACACUCCUUGUGUGUGGCUCCUACUUUGGGAGCUUUACCACCCUGGGAUUCAACCAGAAUGUUUAAUCCACCUUUCAAAAAAAUGCUUUUUUCUAAAAUGUCUUUUUUUCUUUGUUUUUCCUUCUCUCUCUGUCUCUCUCCCUGGCUCUGCCUUACUCUUUGCUCCCUAAUUAUUAAACACUAAACCAAUCCCAAACAUCAAUUUUAUUUAUUCCUUCCUUUGAGAUUAUUGUUGAUGUUUUUAUCUGGCCAAACUGAUAAUGGUCUAACCACAGACUAAAAACUAGAGUCUUUGGGAUUUUAGCCUGUUUUUCUAGUCAGUAUACUUAGUAGCAUUUGUUAUUAUUCAGUCUCAGCUUCACUAUAUAUUUUUUUAAAAUUAUUUUUAUUUUUUUUAAACCAUUUUUGAGUUGCUAAAUAAAGCAAGUUGUUACAUAUCUUCCCCCACCCCCACAACCACCACCACCUACACAAACACUUCACUGUAAACACAUACAAAAAGCUGUCUAGUGGGAUUUGUUACACUAUGACUGCUUUAUUUUAGCAUCAUUAAAGGAUACCCGGUAAGGCUUUCCGUGAAUGAAGUUCUGACUUUCACCCUAAGUGUAGGAAAUUACAUAUGAUAUCAGCAACAUCCUAA